AUGGCAUUUGAAAAAUUUUCCCAGGAACCUUUCAAUUUGGUCACGGAUUCUGCCUAUGUGGCCGACAUUGCACAGCGGUUGGGGUAUUCAGUUUUGAAGGAGACCGAUGUCACCCAGGUUGCCGAGUUCGGCCGGAUCAAGUAUGUGCAUGUCACGGUGCACACAUUCUCCUCUGCAAUGUGGGUGUCUGCUCACACGGGAGAAAAGACCCGUGAUGUCAUUGCCCACUGGAGGCAGGCCUUUGCCAUUGAAGGCAUACCUUCUGCUGUGAAAACCAACAAUGGUCCUGCUUAUGCCUCGCAGAAGGCUUCGGACGAGACACAUCAGCCUCAAGCGAAGGUUCGGAAUUUGGUCACCAAACAGUGGGAAGGUCCCUAUGACCUUAUCGCUAUGGGCCGUGGACAAAUUGCUUUGCGCUACACCGGUGCCAGUGUCUACUCCCGUGCUAGUAUGCAGGAGUCCGAGGCGUUGGGGUUUUCGGUGAAAUGGAAGCUGUUUGUGGAAGCUGCGUUCAGGUCAGCCCCUCCCAGCUCGCAGAGCUCGCGGGCUGUUUCCCCCAUCCCGAAAUGGGGCGGGGAGCUGGGGGACGGCGAGGUCAUUCUGUCAGACCCAGAAGUAUUGUCUGAGGCCGGACUUCAGCUCCCAAGGGAGGAAAUCUCAACCCCUCCCUCUCUGGUCGCUUCGCCGGGGGGUCUUUCUCCCCCAGGCUCCGGUGUGGGUCUCCGGGGGGCAGGGCGCGCCCCGGGCCCCUCCGAGCUGCUCGGGCAGCAGGGGGGCGGGGCCCGGGCGAGCCCGGGGCCAGUCCCGUCUGUGCCUGCGCCGGGGACGGUGGAGCCCCUCCUCCAUGCCUUUCCGGCGCUGGAGGGGGACGGCGACCCGGGAGCGCGGCCCCCAGCGCUGUUUGACCAGGAUUCAGUCACGGUGUGGUGUCCAUGCUGUGGCACGCCCAUUGCGUGCCCGGUGAAGCCGGCUGGAGCGGCACAGCCCGCUCUAGCGUCCGGGCUCGCCCCGGGGGGUGCUGCGCUGGCCACUUCUCCGCCCGCCCCGCCUGCUGAGGGCGCGCGGGGCGUGGACGCCCCCGGAGGCGGGGCCCCGGUCGGUUUUUCGCUGGACCCCGCCCCGGCGGGCGGGCGCACAGCCCCGCUCCGCUCAGGGACGGCUGUGCCUGCUGUGGGUGUCCGCCCUGCCGCUGGGACCCUUCUGGGGGCGGUCCCAGGCCCUCCUCUGCCCACGCCAGCUGUGGCAACGGCCGGCUCCGCCGGGUUGCCGGCGGCAGGUGGGACAGCCCCGGCGGCGGCUGAGCUGCUGCUGCCGUCUCCGCCCGAAUCGAUCCCGGGCGGUCAGGCUUUGCCGGGAUGCGUGCGUGCCGCGGAUCCUUUUGAGCGGUCCCCGGCGGCCGGUGCCGCGGCGCUGCAGGCGGGCUCCAGCCCCGCGGGGGCUGGGGCGGCCCCGGCGUCAGCGGCUGAGCCCGCUCCCCCUCCCUUUCCCGCUGCGAGCGCCGCGCCGGCUGCGGACGCCGGGGUGUUUAAAUUCAGCGCCAGCGGGGACACGGCCGGGAUGCGGCCGGUCUUUGAUAGGAGUAAAGGGCCCCGCACUGUUGGUUCUUCCUCCACAGCCUGGUGGACACUCCCCCCGUCAGGUGGCAGUACGCCCGAGAGACCACGAGCGGUUUUGGGGGGAAGUGAGAGCUAAGUCCGAA